CCAGGCAACUGCAAACUCGAAAUCAGAAUCGGCAUAAGUACAAGAAAUAAAAGACUGUUGAUAAGAGUAGAAAGCUCGGAAUCAGAAUCAGUACAAGAACUAAAGGAGCAUUAAUAAGAAAGUUACGAGAAUGAAAAGAAGACAACAAGCGGAAACAACAAUGGCAGCGAAAACUAAAGCGAAAGAGAAAGAGCCCGUGGAUAUCGUUCACCAAAACGCUAUUCAUGUGGAGACAAUCCAGAAGGAAAAGCGGUGUGAGAAGCUUUAUACCGAGUUCACCAUCAAUCCUUUCAAAAAGUUGCAUAUUUUACCUGAUGGACCCAUGUCAAGAAAAAUGCAUGAAGAGGUUGAGGAGGAUCCUACUUUCCUGAAGCGCUUUCAUGAAGCACAAUCAGAACCAAGAAAGAAGUACACUCGUCCAAUGACCACGUCUCAAGAAAUUGGAUGGAUUUCCAAUCCUCUGAUUACUGCAGAUCACAAAGACAGAAGACUGAACUUCCGACGGCACAAAUCUGAAAUCACCAAACACAUGGAAGCUGCCUGGCGUCUGAAGGAAAAAAAUCAGAACCGUUGAUGAACCUUGACACAUUUUUGUCUUUUUUCUGUAACUGCCUGAAUAAAGAUUACUUCUCU